GAUUCGGUCGGAUGGAGUGUUUUCUUCCAAGCCGUUCAUCAUCACCAUCACCGUGUUCCUGGAGCUGCAGCCAUUUCUGCUUAGCGGUGGAAGCCCAGCAGACCCACAGCUCCGCUACAAUGGCCCAGGCCGGCGCGUUGGAGGCCAGCGGCUCUCAGAUUCAGGUGGAACACGACAGGAAGCGUCGGCAGUUUGUCAUCAGACUGAACGGGUCCCAUGAUCGAGCGGUCCUCCUCUAUGAAUAUGUUGGGAAGAAGACGGUGGAUUUACAGCACACAGAAGUUCCAGAUGCUUACAGAGGGAGAGGAAUCGCCAAACACUUGGCCAAGGCAGCCAUGGACUUUGUGGUGGAGGAGGACCUGAAGGCUCAUCUGACCUGCUGGUACAUCCAGAAAUAUGUCAAGGAGAACCCUCAACCUAAGUACUUUGAACACAUCUAUCAAUGACCCCACAUGACAC